GUUACAAACACAGCCUACUAACUUCAACAUUUGCGCUGCUCUAGAGAUUCCUAGGUGAAGCGUUCGCCAUUAAAUCUCCACUUAAGUUAAAUCACAGAAUGAGCCAACGAGGAAGGGGACCUCAUGGUGUAUCUGAUUACUCUGCAAGUGAAGGAGGGAAAAGAAGAAAUGGGAUUGACGAAAAGGAACAAAAUUCGAUUGGAAUGGAGCAUACAGUUUAUCGAUAUUUAUGCCCGUUGAGGAAAAUUGGGAGCAUUAUUGGCAUUGGUGGGGAUAUUGCUAAGCAGCUGAGAUCUGAAACUCAUGCAAAGAUAAGGAUUAGUGAGACCAUACCAGGCUGUGAUGAACGUGUUGUCACCAUCUACAGCACGAGCGAUGAGACCAACAGUUAUGAAAACGGACAAGUUUCCCCUGCUCAGGAUGCCCUGUUUAGGGUGCAUGGCAAGGUGGUGGCCGAGGAGCAGCCUGUGAAUGGUGGCACUUCUGAGGAGACCCUGCAGAUCACAGUGCGAUUGCUUGUCCCAUCGGAUCAGAUAGGUUGUGUGAUUGGCAAAGGUGGGCAUAUAGUUCAGAAUAUACGCAAUGAAACUCAUGCUCAGAUCAGAAUCUUGGGCAGCGACCAUUUACCGCCUUGUGCUCUGAGCUCCGAUGAGCUCAUCCAGAUAAAUGGCGAAGCCACUGUUGUGAAGAAUGCCCUCUGUCAAGUGGCUUUUCGUCUUCAUGAUAACCCCUCCCGGUCACAGCAGUCAAUAUUGACUUCGCCAAGCAUAUAUAGAUCUGGAAUUUCAUUUAAUAACACGAAUCUUGGUGGAGCGCCGGCCUCCUUGAUGGGUCCUUACAGGAAUCACAGAAAAGACAGGGAAUGGUCUUCUGUUGCCAGAGAAUUCUCACUUCGUUUAGUUUGUCCAACUGAAAAUCUUGGUGCUGUGAUUGGUAAAGGUGGUUCUGUUGUUAAACAAAUAAGACAGGACUCGGGUGCGUUUAUUGUAGUUGAUAGUGCUAAUGCUGACGGAGAUAACUGUAUAAUAUCGGUUUCUGCUAUGGAGAUGCUCGAAGCACCAUCCCGAACUAUAGAUGCAAUAAUGCGGUUGCAACCACGGUGUAGUGAGAAAAUAGAAAGAGAUUCAGGCGAUCCUGUGAUCACAACGCGUUUUCUGGUUCCGAGCUCAAGAAUUGGAUGCAUCAUUGGCAAAGGAGGGGCUAUCAUAAAAGAGAUGAGAAGUAGCUCUAGAGCAAAUAUUCGAAUUUUUUCUGAUGAAAGCAUUCCCAAAGUUGCAUCCGAAGACGAUGAGAUGGUCCAGGUAAGUGGAGAACUGAAUGCCGCUAAAAAUGCAAUGUUACAAGUAAUGCAACGGCUGAGGGCCAACAUACUUGAGAGUGAUGGAAGCUCGUCAGCAUUUCCUAUACUUGCUCCACCGAUUGAGGCGUUUCAAGGGCAAGCAUAUGUAAAUCGUGAUAACAGAAUGCAUAAUCAUGUACAUUCAGCUUACUCCGGUGGGUACAGUAGCAAAACCUUGCCUCGAACCGACAAUUAUGGGAGCUACGAUGAUCCUCAGAUGGUGCACGGGAGCGGUUAUGAAGCAUAUGCUGCUUAUUAACCCGGUCAAUCGACUGGUGCCAGCUAUCGCGUAUGAUAGUUGAAGGAGUGCGGUGCCCUGUUUGGAGAGGCCACCGAUACAAGUCGAGAAUCGAGAACCAGAUAAACAGGACAUGCUGGAGCUAAUGCCGCACCUAAAAGUCUUCGAAUCGGCUUAUGCUUUUAUAUAAUAAUAAUAAUAAUAAUAAUAAUAAUAAUAAUAAUAAUAAUAAUAGAAACCACAUGAGCUCCUUCGAAUUUUGCUUAAGAUUUAUGGAGCAAUCACUUUGCCCUCAGCUAUGUAUUUACCACGUUUUGGGGAAAUGUUGCUGCUUUUAGGUUUAAUCAAUGGUCUUGAUUUUUGUUACAA